ACCUAGCUUGCUCACAAAUUGGAUAUCUCCAUGCUGGGACACGUUGCUGAUUAAGGUCAACGUCCACAUAUUACAGUGGAGAAAGUCAUGAGAUGCUAGAGUUUGAACACGAUGUAGGCCAACGGAAGUCAGAGGAACUGAAGGAUUUCAUGUAUUCUUCAGGGAAAAUUCUACUCUGGUUGGUGACUUGUUGACUGAUUAAAUGCUUCAAAUGAGAGUCCUGUGUUCAUCAAAGAGCAGAAAACAGGUCAAACUGUCUCUAAAAUCAACAUGUCUCAGCAACACACCGAGGCCACAUCAGCUGACAAGCCUCUUGAGCCACAGAGGCCAGUCUCUCCUGCACCCAGCAAUGUUUCCAUAAAAAGUGACUGGUCCAACCGUGAACCUCCCAACUUUUCUAAGGAAGAUUUGGGGCCUCCUGAGCCACAGAGGCCGGUCUCCCCUGCACCCAGCAAUGUUUCCAUAAAAAGUGACUGGUCCAACCGUGAACCUCCCAACUUUUCUAAGGAAGAUUUGGGCAGAGCUUCCAUGAAGACUGGCCAGGAUAGGCGUAGCCGCAGCAAAGCCUUGAAGAAAAGAGUACGCCAGCAUCUUCGUCAGCAUGAAAAGGAACUGAGAACACUUGAACCUGACACAGAAAUAUACGAUGUAUCCGCUGGUGAAAGCAAGAAUGCUAAACCACAAACCUUUAAUGCAUUAUUUUCUGAGAAAAAAGUGCGAACAGUGUUAAUGAAGGGAGUGGCUGGUGUUGGUAAAACCGUUCAAACAAAGUUGUUCAUGGUAGACUGGGCAAAAGAAAAAUCCAACAAAGAAAUAGACUUGAUAGUGUCACUUAAGUUUAGCGAGCUGAAUUCAAGAAGGGACAAAGUUGAAAGCAUGACAGAUCUGCUUCAUCAUUCCCUCAAUAAUGAUAAACACAGGGUUUACAAGUACGAAGAGUCUAAAGUAGCUUUUGUUCUUGAUGGCUUGGAAGAAUGUGCCCUUUCUCUGGAUUUUGCAAAGAACGAGGACCUGACUGAUAUGGAAAAGCCAGCCUCGAUGGAUGUGCUGCUGACAAACCUCAUCAAGGGAAAUUUGCUUCCCUCUGCUUGUCUCUGGAUCAUCUCUCGACCUUCAGGAGUUGAUAAGAUUCCUCCUGAGUACAUUCAUAAAUUGACAGAAUGUCGAGAGACCUCGAAGAGACGGGAGAAACUGGUGUCAGCCCUGAGAAAAAGAUUUCUUAAAGAAACCACUCAAGAUGAAGAUACAAACCAUCCUAACCAGAAAAACACAGAACACAUCAUGCGAGAAGACAAAAGUGGUGAGGUCAAUGAUGGAGAGAAAGAUGGAUGCACUGCGGCAAAAUCAGUAAUACAAGUGAAUGCAGUAUCUGAGAUCUUCAAAGGUACAAAAGGACAAAAAAUCAGAACUGUGCUGACUACCGGAGAAGCUGGAAUUGGAAAAUCCUUCCAUGUGCAGAAAUUUAUAAAAGAGUGGGCUAAAAAGGACAAUACAUCAAUUUUUACUUGGUUGAUUGAUGCAGCAAAGGAAAAGCUAUGGGGCAAAGAAGAAGAAGUUUUAUUUCCACUUAACUUCUCCAAGCUUAAUUUGAUAAAAGAGACAAAAGUCAGUUUGGUGGGACUGCUUAAUCAUUUCUUUAUAGAAACUAAAGAAUUUGUAAUCUCUAACUUUGAACAGACCAAAAUUUUGUUUGUCUUUGAUGGACUGGAUGCGUAUCAACCUCCUCUUGACUUUGACAACAAAACCACAUUGACUGAUGUCAGGGAGCCAGCUUCAGUGGAUGUGCUGCUGACUAGCCUCAUCAGAGGAACCCUGCUUCCCUCUGCCCGGCUCUGGAUAACCUCCCGACUGAAGCUGCCUCAAACGUGUGUCAACAGGAUGACAGAAAUACGAUGUAAACCUGAUGUUGCAAGUCAAGGGAUGCUCAAAUUUCAGCUGACAGAUGAAUUUACCCACGUGACUGAGGGGAUUGAUAUGCAGAAAAGUUUCGCUGUUCUGAAAGAGAUCUACACAGAUGUCUACAUCAUAGAGGGAGAGAGGGGAGAGGUCAAUGUUAAAAAUGAGAUCAGACAAGUUCAAGACGCAAAAUUCAAACCAGCAGAACAAGAAACAUCGAUUAAAUAUCAUAACAUCUUCAAACCUGCAUCUGAAAAAAGUAUGCCCAUUCGAACAGUGCUGACGAUUGGAUUGGCAGGCAUUGGAAAGUCGUUUGCUACCAAGAAGUACAUGCUGGACUGGGCUGAGGGUACGGCAAAUGGGGACGUAUUUUAUAUGUUUCCACUUUCUUUCCGGGAGCUGAAUUUGAGAAAAGACGAAAAACACAGUAUGGAGGAACUCAUUCAUCAGUUUUUUCCAGGUAUGAAGACAUCAGAAAUAGACGACUAUGACAAAUACAGAAUUCUGAUUGUUCUGGAUGGUCUUGAUGAAUGUCGCCUUGAUCUUGACUUCAGUAAAGUUGAUGAUUGGACAGAUGUGAGAAAGCUGACCUCAGUGAAUGUUUUGCUGACAAAUCUCAUCCAAGGAAAACUACUUCCUAAAGCUCAAAUCUGGAUCACCUCCCGACCUGCAGCCUCCAACCAGAUCCCUUCUGAUAAAGUUGACCGGGUUACAGAGGUGCGAGGAUUCAAUGAUGAGCAGAAGGAGGAAUACUUCAGGAAGAGAUUUAGUGACAAGGAUUUGGCUGAGAAAAUCAUUUCACAUGUCAAGAAAUCAAGAAGUCUUUACAUCAUGUGUCAUAUCCCUGUUUUCUGUUGGAUCACUGCAAAAGUUCUGGAAGACUUCAUGGACACAAAAGAAGAAGGAAGGAUGCCCAAGACCCUGACUGACAUGUACAUAUACUUCCUUGAGUUACAAUGCAGACAGGCUAAUGUAAAGUAUGGUGCAGAUGAGAUGGGUGACAGUUCUGAGACAAAUUCAUGCUGGAAUACAAGAAACAAGAAAACUAUCGUGUCUCUGGGGCAACUGGCUUUUGAGGGGCUAGAGAAAGGAAAACUUCUCUUCACUGAAGACAACUUGAAAGACUGUGGUCUUGACAUCACAAACACUGCCGUCUUCUCUGGAUUAUUCACUCAGAUCAAACGAGAAGGAUGUGGGCUGUACCCACAGAAAUUGUUCUGCUUUGUCCACUUGAGCAUUCAAGAGUUCCUGGCAGCCUUUUAUGUCUUUCACACAUUCAAUAACACAAGUGAAAAUCUGUUUAGCAAGCCCUCUUCAGCAGUUGGAGACUUGCGUGCAUUUGACUUCUACAAGACAGCAGUGGACAAGGCUUUAGAUUGCAAGAAUGGAAACUGGGAUCUGUUUCUCCGCUUUCUGCUCGGCCUCUCUCUGGAAAUUAAUCAGAAUCUACUGAAAGAGCUGCUGAGGAAAACAGAAAAAGACAAGGAGACCAACAAGGAAACCAUUGAGUAUAUAAAAGAAAAGAUUAGGGAAGAGAACAGUGAUGCUGAUAAAAAUUGCAAUCUUUUCUACUGUCUGAAUGAGCUGAACGACCACUCUCUUGUAGAAGAAGUGAAAAAGUACCUGCAAUCAGAAACACACACAUUUGAAAACUUCUCCGCCUCCCAGUGGUCCGCUCUGACUUUUGUGCUGCUGACAUCAGAUGAGAAGCUUGAUGUGUUUGAUUUGAAAAAGUACCUGAAAUCAGAGAAAGUUCUUCUCGGAAUGUUGCCGGUGGUCAAAGUCUCCAAAACUGCUUUACUGAGUUGGUGUGAGCUCUCUGAGAAAUCCUGCAGUGGCCUGUCUUCCAAAGUCCUCAGCUCCGCAUCCUGUAAUCUCACAGAGCUGGACCUGAGUCACAACGACCUGCUGGAUUCAGGUGUGCAGGCGCUUGUUGAUGGCCUACAGAGUACACACUGUAAACUGGAGAAUCUCAAUCUUUCAGGUUGUCAGGUGACAGAGAAAGGCUGCUCAUUUCUGGCCUCAGCUCUCAAGUCCAAACCAACCUCCUCCCUGAAACAGCUGGAUCUGAGUUACAACCACCCAGGACCAGAGGGGGCAAAAAUGCUCUCUGAUAUAGCUGCUGAUCCAAAUACGAGCCUGAAGAAACUCUGCCUGGACUACGGUGGGGAGCAUUGGUUAAAGCCAGGGCUGAAGAAGUAUGAUGCAGAUCUGAAGCUUAAUGAAAACACAGCAGGCAGAAGGCUUGUUCUGUCUAAAGGCAACAGGAAAGUAAAAACUGUAAAGAAGGUAAAGAAGAAGGUAGAGAAGAAGGUAACACCUCCUGAACACCAAGACAGGUUUAAAAGGACUCAGGUGUUUUGUGUGGAGGGGCUGACAGGCCUGGGCUACUGGGAGAUAGAGUGGAAAGGGGAUGUUGGCAUCGCAGUGGCAUAUGAAGCAGUGGGGAGAGGCUGGGAUAGCAGUGGUGGCCUGGGAUGCAACGAGAUGUCCUGGAGCCUGCUCUGCUCAAAGACAGGAUACAUUGCCAGACAUGGGAAGACAUCCAAACAUAUUCAAGUGCCCGUUUGCCCCAAAAUAGCAGUCUUUCUGGAUUGGGAAAGUGGUACGCUGACCUACUACAAUGUUGAAAAGGAAGAGCUGAGGCUAAUACACACCUUCCAUGCCAAAUUCACAGAACCCGUCUUCCCAUGCUUCUGGUUUAAGAAUGGCUCUGUGACUUUGUGUAAGAUAGACAAUACCCCUCUCAGAUGGGGGACAAGUGCACUGUGAUGCUCUACCAGGAGCAGUUGAGUAACCACUGAGGUAGACUAGCUACUUGCUAACUAAACAGCCCUCUUCUUCUCUGACCUGACAGGACUUAACUCUUCCUCCACCUCCUCAAGCCUCCCCCGCGCCAAGUUGUCUUCAUUUGAAAAGCUUCUUAUAGCCUUGCAGUCCUGCAUUAGUGAAUUGGCUAGCUACCUGUUCAUAGUGAAAGUCAAUACCUUAACAUUGUGAAAAGAAGAAAUGGUGCAAAAUAAAUCCCAUAUUAAGUUAAUGAUGUUUUAAAGAAAACACAUUUUUAACACAUUUUUUAUAAAUUGUUUUCCCUGCUUCUCAUUUGUUGUUAAAUUGUCAAAAACGUACAUAUUCUUUAAAAAAAUAUUUUGUACUACUUUGUAAAUUGUGUUUGCACUGUUAAAUUAAUUAUAAUACUGACAACAAUUUAAACCCUCCUCUGUGGCAAGUUGUUUUUGUGAGCUGAUUAAAAUUGAUGUAAGAUUUUGUAAUACAUUUAACAUAUCACUUUAUUAACCUGCCUGAAUUAAUGAAAACACCUUUAGAAGAACUAUUUGUAUGCUAACCUGCAGUCUGUUAGUAGAAACCCACUGUUCUACUGCCUUAAUGUCAUUAUGUUUUCAUUUAAUGGAGAGUAUGGAUGUUAUGGAGGUAUUUCAUUUUUUUUUUAAAUAUAUAUUAUGGUGCCCAAUAGUAAAGAAUGUAUCAAAUAUGUUUUAUUAAGAUUCAGAUGUGCCAACUAAUGAGAUUCUGAUGUAACAAUAUGGAAAAGGUUUAUCAAAUGUCAUUCAUAUUGUUAUGACUAUAAAAAGUAAAUAAAGUUUUUAUUAAAA